CGACUCGCUGGAGCCGCAGCUACUGCAGGUGUAGUUUUUCCGCUUCGGUGAAGCGCUAAGACUCCAUUACCCAUAAUCCCCGGCGGAGCGGAGUUCUGUAUUCCGGCGUGGUCGCUCACUCGCAGACCGGCCGGUGUGUGAGAGCGUGAGCAGAAAUGUGACUGCGGGACUGCUGUUCUCUGCGUUUCAUCACUGACAUCAGCUGAAAAUGAUGCGAAGAGCGAGAAUCAGCGUUAAGCCUAACUUCAGGCCUGGAGGUCGAAGCCUUCCAGCUGGACAGCAGCCCUCACAAACUCCUGCAGAUGGAAACUGCACCCCGCCCACAGUCACCGCUGAGGAAGCGGUCAGACCACCUCCCUCUCCCCAGCCAAAGCCACCAGUGGAUGAGCUGGCAGAGGCAGUGGGUGUUGAAAAUGCCCCCAACUCACCUUCAGAGAAAACUUCAGCUGAUGUAAAUAAUGGAGCACGCUCAAGUUGUACUUCCACCCCAGCAUCUGUUUCACAGAGAAGGAUGAGGGUCUCUGCCACCCCACAACUUGUUGGGCCUAAAACCAAUUCCACACCUCAACAGUCUGCCAGAAAGCCUCGAUCUGUACCAUCAGCAUUACCCAAAGAUAAAGCUUCUGGCUCUGUAAACUCUGUCAGUCUCACUGAAUCCAGCAUGUUAAGCUCCAAAGCCCCCACAGAAGUUGUCAGAAGUAGACAGUCUUCCACAUCACAUGCACCGUCUUCCCCAUGUGUUCCUUCAACCUCUGGCCUUUCCAAGCCUCCAAUCCAUGAGAGGUCGUCAAUGGAGCACUCCCCACCAUCACCACAGCCUGGACAAGUGCCUCAGCAACCUUCUCAGAAGCUAGAGCCUCAUAAAUGUCGUACAUCAGAAUCAAAAAUGCCUUCAAGCUAUGUGAAGCUGUCCCGGUUUGAUGAGCCAGGGUCUCAACAAAAGGUGGCUGAAAUGUUAUCGGACAAGGAGAAGAUCCUGAGAGCCCUCAAACUGAAGGCACUGAUGAAAAUUGAACGGAGGAAAGAUAUCAAGAACAGUAAGAGAGAGAUUAGAUGGAAGCCGGAAUACACUCCUAUUGACCGCAGUAAGAUGACCAUGAGGGACCUUAUAUACUACCUACCAAAUACCAGCCCCAUGCGGGGCUCCACAGUGAGUGAAGAGAAUGGAGAAGAGGCUGUUGUUCCACCAUCACCAAGGCUGCCAGUGAAAACACCAGAGGUGGAAGAGGAGGAAGAAGAAGAGGAGUGUGAGGAUCAGGAUUUGUUGGUGCCAAAGGUCAGGGUGGCAGAGGAUGGCUCAAUUAUUCUGGAUGAGGAAAGUUUGACAGUGCGAGUUCAGAGGAACUCAAACACCAAAGUGGUGGAGGGCUCGAUGGCCCUGUUUGAGCAAGGCUCUACUACAACAUACGCAAGCUUCAGAAACCUUCACUAUGUGAGGAGCUGGUCAGUUAGAGAGACAGACAUGUUCUAUCUGGCCAUCAGCAUGGUGGGGACAGAUUUCUCUCUCAUUGGUCAGCUGUUACCUCACCGUAGCCGGGCAGAGAUAAAGAACAAAUUUAAGAAGGAGGAGAAAACAAACGGAUGGAGAAUCGAUAAAGCAUUCAGGAACAAGCGGCCCUAUGACAGGGAGUUCUUUAGCUUCCUGCUGGAGAAAGUUUUGGCCAAAGAUAAAGAAAAAGGAAAAUCUGUCAAACUGGUCAUGACAAAUCCCAGGAAACGCGGGAAAGCCAGAGGUAAAAAAGGAAAGCAGAAUGAAGAGGAAUAUCUCAGCAGUUCUGGUGCAGAAGAAGACUUUGACAAGGAGGAUGGAAGUUAUAUGGAUCCUGAAAAAGAGAAUGAGGGUCUUCCCAAUGUGAACAAAGCUGAUAUCUCUGUCUCUGCUAAGAAGAAGCGCAAAGGCACCAAUGACAUUAGCGAAGAUAAGAAUAACGAGAACUCAUCUGAGGAACAAGGCAAAGAGAAAAAGAAGAGGAAACGUGACAAGAAAACCAAAAAAGACAUGCACUCUCCUGGGGCUGAGGCUGAUGCUGAAGGUGAAAGUGGCCUUUUCCACGCAGACGGCGACUCUGUGAAUGCAGAUAAGGAUGAUGAGCUUGACUCAAGUAUGUCUGCUCCCAAGAAGAAGCGCAAGCGCUCAAAGAAAGCUGAAGAGGAGAGGCAGGAUGAAACGCCAGAUGAAAGAAGCAAAGGCAAACGAAGCCAAAAGUCACUUAAAGCUAGCAACAAAACUGAUGAUUCCAUUGGAGUUGAUGAAGAAAAUGGCAUUGUGGAUGAGGAUGACUCUGCAGCUGCUACAAAGAAGCGUAAAUGUUCUCAAAAAAGUGGCCUGAAAAAAGGCCAACAAGCCCAGGAGAAAAAGUGCACAAAGAGAAAAAAGUCACAGAAUGGCACAGUAGACGAUGAGGGAGCUUCAGUAACUGCAGAGGCUGACGAAGCUUCAACAAUUCCAGAAGAUGCUGAAGCUUCAGUAACUGCCGAAGGUGGAGAAUCAUCUAAAGCUAAAAAAAUAGAUACACUUGUCCCAGCUGAAGUGAUAGAUAAGCGUCCACAAAGGUCUACCAGACAGGUUAAGAAACCAAGGCCUAAUCUGGCUACAGGAAGACGUAAGGAAGUUUCUGUACCAGAAACUGCUGAUGGUGACAAGAUUCACGAGAGUCAAAAUGAGAAUAACAGCAAAUUCAUUUUGGAGGAAGAGGUCAGUUCUUUGAAGUCCGACAAACUCCAACAGCAAGCCGUUGUUGUGCUGGAAAGGACUCCCCCAAGGGUGCAAAACCUCCUCAGCCUUUCUGAGGUUCAACAAAAAAACAAUGAUUCGGAGGCAUCUAUGAAUCUACCUUCUCCAGCUGCUGGUGAGAGUUCUUCUGGACAGCAAAUAAGGAUGCAAAGAGCAGAAAGAGUGAAGCGCAGUUUGACUGCUGAGAGGAAGAAAGGGAAAAGAAAAGCAGUACUGGAUCAGGAUGAGGCUGAGCAUGAUCCAAGUACCUCAGCAGAGGAUAUGCAAAGUCCUACUGUUCUGCUAGAGCAAAUGGUCACUCAGGAAUAUGAAGAUCCAGAAGCUGAGAACACCUUGGAUGAGAACCUGAUUGAAUUUUCAUGCCUUCAUCAUUUAGAUAGUCACAUGUUCCAGAGAAGACCAAUGGUGUUGUUAUCACGUGAAGAAGUGGACAUGAUCCUCAAUGUUCAAGACCAAACGUUUGAAGAUGACCCCUCAGUGAGUCCUCUGGAUUUAUCACUAAACACAGAGCUGUCCUUUCAGCUCCAGUGCAGCAGCCUCAUGGAGGAGAACGCUGAAGCCGCUCAGGUUGAGUCUGUAGCAGAAGAGUAUGGAGAAGAGAUCUUGCCUCAGGAGAUGGCUUCAUCUAGUGUUACUUUUGAGGAGAAACAAUGUGAAGACAUGAGAUUAACUGAGCCUGAACUGGACCAGUCUCGUAUCUCAACUCCAGCAAAAUCAGGGGUCAACAAACAAUUAGAGCCAGUAAUUGUAGCAGCCUCAUCUUUCUUGGAGAAUGCUGAACCACAAGUUGAUUCCAAGACAGAUAAAGAUGUGAUCACAACAACAAAGGAACUUGAAGGUUUUCUACCUCUGGUAGCUCUGCAGACUGUUGCUUCUGAGGAUCCUAUCCACUCACCUGUAAUCCAUGAAACAUUUUUCCCGGAAGCAGUGACACAUUGUGCUUCUUUGCCAUCCCAAUAUGUUGUGGAGGAAUCAAGGACAUCUUUGCUAGUAACCCCAGACAUCAAGGAGGGCUCUCAAGGGCCCGUUUUGGCAUCUUCUGAUGUGUUUGUGAGGUCUCAGGAUUCUGUAGAGAUUAAAGCAGGAUCACAGGCUUCUGAGGUAGAAACACCAGAAAUUAAGGAGGGAUUACAGGAUCUUAUGUUGGAAAUGCUGGAAGUGAAGAAGGGAUCACAGGGAUCCAUCUUGACAGCCCUGGAAAUAAAGGAGAGACCAGGGGGAUCUAAGGUGCCUGCACCUGUUUUUAAGGAUGAUUCUCAGGAACAGGACUUGCUAGAGUCUCCAAUGGAACCUUCUGAAAUCCUGGAGAAAUCAAAGACACCUGUAGUGGUAACACCAGAAAUCAAGGAGGGAUCACGGGGUCUUAUGCUGGAAACCCUGGAAGUGAAGAAGGAAUCACCGGGGUCUGCCUUGGCAACCCUGGAAAUUAAAGAAGGGUCGCAGGAUUCUAUAGUGACAACAGAGAUUCGAAAUGGAUCACAGGUAUCCAUCUUGACAGCUCUGGAAAUUAAGGAGAGACCAGAGGUGUCUAAGGUAUCUGCACCACUGUUUAAGGAUGAAUCUCAGAAAGAUGACUUGCUAGAGUCUCCAGUGGAACCUUCUGAAAUCUUGGAGAAAUCAAAGAAGUCUGUAGUGUUGAUAUCACAAAUCAUAGAAGGCUCACAGGGGUCUUUUGUGGCAACCCCAGAACCAAAGGAGAGACCAGAGGUGUCUAAGGUACCUGCACCAAUGUUUAAGGCAGAUUCUCAGAAACAGGACUUGCUAAAGUCUCCAGUGGAACUUUCUGAAGUCUUGGAAAAAUCAAGGAAGUCUGUAGUGGUAACACCAGAAAUCAAGGAGGGAUCACAGGGGUCUUUUGUGGCAACCGCAGAACCAAAGGAGAGACCAGAGGGGUCUAUGGUGGCUGCUCUAGCAGUUAAGGAGUAUUCCCAGGAAGUAGUGGAGCAGGCCGUUAUACCCAGCAGCACCAAACCAUCAUCUGGUGCUUCAGUUUCAUCUGAUGCUGCCUUGAAGAGGAGGAGCAGGUUUCUGAAGCCCAAACCUAACCUUAGUGCGUCGUCCAGAUUCAUGCAUGGUUCUCCAAAACAAAAAAACACUGAGCCCAGAAAAAUCUCUCCUGAAAAGAUCUUACCUCAGAGCUGUGGUAAGGACCACCACUCUAACUUGGAAGAUUUAAGCAAGGAGAAGUUCUCCAAAGAAGAUGGGACAUCUCAGUCACAUGCAAAUGGCAUGGAAUCAGAAUCACCAAAAGGUUCCCCCACCCCAGUCCCACCUCCAGAGAUUGAAGGUCCUGUAGACUAUAGUGUAAACAAAACAUUUGUUCUCAGUGAUGCAUCUCCAACAGUGCCAGAGCAGGAGACAAUCACUACAGUGAUACUGAAUGCAUCCAGUGCUGAAGGGCUGCAGUUGGCUUCUGAGCAAACCAACGGCACUUGUGAUAUGGAUACGUUCCCACUUUGUGCAUCUGUGGCAGAAGACCUUCAUGUGGGGGAUACUACAUGUAUUUUGCCUCUACCUACACAGACUGCAGAGCAAGAAAAUACAGGAGAGAUGAUGAGUAACUUUGAGGAAUUAUGUGCUCCUGCAAAGAUCAUCCAGCCAACUCGAGAUAGCAACAGUGAAGAGGAACCCACCUUCAUUUUGACUUUAUAUGAGAUCCCUGUUACUGAACCAUACCCAGCUUCAGCCAGUACUGACUCUCCACUGCUGUUUUCAGACCAGCCUACUCUACCAUCUACAGCAGAGUCUUCCAGUAACUCUAUGUCUGUGGAAAUUGGGGACGUUCAAAAUGAGUGCUUGGACAUUUCGCAAAAUGAGUUGUCUGGGACCGUAGGUUCAGGAGAAGAAUCAGAUAGGACAUUGUUAGUGUUAGAAGAGAAAACCUCACCUGUGCCUUGCAGAGAAUUUGACCAGCAAACCUUGCACCAAGCAACAUCUCAGCAAACCUUAGCCUCGCAAGCAACGAACGAGGCCAGUGAGGUUUCUACAAAGCUGGAAACUGAAGAUAUGUUGGAUGCUGCAGAUACAGAAUCAAAGUCUGAGUAUAAAGAGGGUCCAGAAUUGGUCUCACCUGAAGAUUUGAAGCCCAUGCAUCAGAGUACACCAUGUACUUUUAGGGUUUCAAAACAUAUUGCCCCAGUACCCCAGUAUCAAGACAUGGAGGACUCUGAGCAGCGCAAAGGUGUUUCAUAUGUUGUGUUGACUAACGUCUUUGUUCCUGUCUCAGAGAUGGGAGACGAUUUAAUAAAGCACAGCACACCCAUGGAAGAGCCAACAAAGAACGAAUAUUCUCCAGCAGCGUCCAGCCAAUUGUUUACUGUGACUGCAGAGUCAAAGGAUGGACCAUCAUUGUCAGAGGGUAAAAAGGCACCUUCCAGAAGGAGAGGAAAGCUGCAACCUAAAAUAGUGCAAAGGACAUCUGGUAAAGAAGACUCUUCAAAAAUUGAUCAACCAACCUCAUCACAAGCUGUCUUUUCAGCAUCUCAGCCGACUAUAUUACCUGAGAUAAAGCAGGAUUCUAAUACUGUUUCAGCCAAAUUGGAAAUGGAGGAUUUUUCAGAUUCCCCCAAGUUGCAGUCAUCAAACACCAAAGGAAGUUCAGUUCUGGAUUCCCUUCAAGGCAAAGAUUUGCAGCAGAAGCUCCAGAUUACACCGUGCACAGUUAGCCUUACAAGAUGUGUUGACUUGCUUACAUUGGAGUCUCACAGGAUUCCGGCCUCUGAAGAUAAUGUUCCUAUGGAGCAGACAACAUCUGAGGAAAAAGUGGCAGAUGUUCCAAGCGAAAAAGAUGCUGGCACAGUGUCAACUGACAGAACUUCUGCCUCACAAGAAAUUAAAGCACCUAUAAGAAGAAGAGGAAAGCUGCAAGUGAAGCCCAAGUUGCGAGUAAGACCAUCUCUUAAAAAGGAAACCAAGUGUGACUUGAAAGCCACUCCAACAGAACUAGUGCACACCAUCUCAGCAGCGCUCCAAGAACCUGAGCUUGAGAAAGAAGCCAGCAAGCUUGUAAUGGGAGACCCUGCAAUAAAACAUGAUAUGGAGUCAAGGACAGAGGACAAAGAAAGCUCUUUAUCAAUGGCCCAUGAAGCAGCAAACUUGCAAAGCCAUGACCGCAUGCAUUUUAGUGUGGAGGCAGCAGCUUCAUGUUUUGGCUCUUCCCCUGCUGACUCUGAGGGCGCUGAAGAAGACUGUGAAGGUGCUUCUCAUAUGGUGCUGGCUGACAUCUUUGUUCCUGUUUCUGAGGAGAUGGGAGAUGGUUUAAGCCAAGACUUGAUAAUACCUAGCAGCCCUCAUGAAGAGGAUGUUAAUCUUCCAAAGAAGCAGGAGGUUCACCAUGAGGAAAAACCUGAAGAAUCAAAGGAGAGUAAAACACCCAUCAAGAGGAAAGACAAGCAGAGGACUUGUGCUACAAAUGACUCAAGUACUGCAAAGCUGGAGGAAGUAGAUGUCUCAGACCCCCCCAAAGUACCAGAUCUAGAAGCCAAAGAGAGCUCAGAUCAGGUGAACAUGGAAGAACAAUUACGGAGAAGGCAUCAGAUCAUGUCUUGCACUGUUAGGGUCUCAAGAUGCACUGACUCUCUGCCUGUCGACUCGGAAGAGAUGAAAGAAGAAACUGAAGGUGCAUUGACUGACGCUGUAGUGCCUGUUUCUGACAAAGUGGGAGACAAUUUAAGCAAGAAAUCUAUGCCGGUAAAUAAGGCAGCCAGUCCAUCUUUUACUCCAUCAGAAGGGUCGAGGGAGCAAUCAACUUUAGAGGACAUCAAAUCAGAAGAGCCAUCAGUGAAAGUACAGAAAAAAUCCCCUACAAGAAAGAAAUGUAAGCAUAUGGUGAAGUUUCCACUUUUAAAACAAACAGUCCAGAAAACUGAGUCCUCAAAAAGCGAUCCACCUAAUUUAGAAGACAGUGCUGUAAAGCUGCCUCUGACCAUUUCGCAAACACGUCAGCUGACCAUAACAGCUUGGGCAAAGAAAAAAUCAGAUCAGACUGGAACAAAAUCAGAAGCAGACAACCUCCCUAAGGCCUCCCAAAUGGAGUCCAACUUAAAAGCCAAAGAAAAUUCACCUUUGCCAAGUGCACCACAUGCUCUUAAGAUUUUGUGUUCGAGACUGCAGCCUGCAGACUCCUCUGAGAUUGAGAAGAUGAGUGAAGAUAUUUCGCACAUUACUUUAGUGCCUGCUGAGGAUGCUGGAGAGGGAAGCGUCUCCUCUACGAAGAUACAUGAACUGGAAACAUCGGUAGAUAUUUCCCCCAAAAAUUUGAAGGAGUCAAAGGAGGAACCUUCAGGAUCGCAGAUAAACAAAUCACCUGCCAGGCAAAGAGUCAAGCCUCAGAUGAAGCCUGCACUGUUAAAGGUGACCCCUACUAAAGAUGAAGAUAAUUCCAAAGAAACUGAUGAAUCACAGUCAACUCAGCUCACCUCACCAAAACAGCAGCGUACCAGGUCAGCCAGAGCAAAGGGAGCGUCUGAGAAAGCAUCUAAGAAGCAAACAGAUGACAUGUCUAAUACACCCAGAAUGGAAACAAAGGGUACAGAAAGGUUUCUUCUAACAAGUGACCCACAGUCUCCCACACACUCGGCUCUCUGGCCAAAGGUCGUCCUGCCUCGUGUAAAAUUACGGACUACUGACGCAGGUUCUUCCUCAGACUCCUCCACCUCAACUUCCUCCCCAGUCAGGGUCUCAACAUGUGCAUCCCAACCAGUGACUCCCAAGCUGAAGAAAUCCCCUGCCGUGACACCUGAACAAAGUCCUCCCAUGUCCAGUGAGGAUACAGAAGACGAACCAUCCAAAGUAUCUCAGUUCUUUGUCUGUGACAUCUUCACUGAAGUAGAGGAUGAAAACUAACUGCUUAGCUUAUCCGAAGACUGCUGGUUAUAUUCCAGGUGCUGUUCUCUUAGUCUGUUACCUCUCAUAGAAGCAAGUGUUCAAGUUCAAGUGUUCAUUUCUUAAGCAUCAUUCAUGCUGUUCCAAUUGAGCAUUAAUAAAGUGCUACAACAUUAUUUUUGUCUGUUAUCACUAGAAUAAUUAUUGUUUCAAUUAGUUAAGUUGCACAGUUCAAACAAAUGUAGUUCAUCUUAAUUUUUAACCCAGUGAUGCUUUAUGUUAAUUUUGUCUAACAGAAAAGCUAUAAUUGUAUUGACAACUGCCUGACAGAAGUUGUGUCCUCUUUAGAUUAUGGCUCUUUUGAAGGCAUUAUGGGUGAUUUAGCUAUGAAUGUUACUGAGGCAAUGACUGUCUUUCCCAGUGCAAUGUGCCUAAUUUUUGUGACCAUGAAUGUGAUGCAGUUCCAUAUGUUGCAGUCUUACCAAAUGUGCAAUCCUUGUUGCCUUAUUUAUUUCUUAGUUAUUUGUGAAUAAACAUUGCACUUAUA